GCUCCCCCCCCGGUCCCCCUCCAUGGACUGAGAUGGCCUCGGAGCUGGCCAUGAGCGCGGAGCUGCCCACGAGCCCCCUCGCCAUCGAGUACGUGAACGACUUCGACCUGAUGAAGUUCGAGGUGAAGAAGGAGCCGGCGGAGGCGGAGCGGCUGUGCCACCGCCUGCCCGCCGGCUCCCUCUCGUCCACCCCGCUCAGCACGCCCUGCUCCUCCGUGCCUUCCUCGCCCAGCUUCUGCGCCCCCAGCCCCGGCGGGCAACCGGCCCCCGGCCCGCCGGCCCCCAGCGCCGCUUCCCUGGGCUCCAAGCAGCAGCUGGAGGAGCUGUACUGGAUGUCGGGCUACCAGCACCACCUCAACCCCGAGGCUCUCAACCUGACGCCGGAGGACGCGGUGGAGGCGCUGAUCGGCGCUCCCCACCACCACCAUCACCACCACCAAGGCUACGAGCCCUUCCGGCCUCAGCCCUUCGCGGGCGAGGAGAUGCCGCCGGCCGCCCACCACCACCCCGGCCACCACCACCACCACCACCACCACCUCCGCCUGGAGGACCGCUUCUCCGACGACCAGCUGGUGAGCAUGUCGGUGCGGGAGCUCAACCGGCAGCUGCGGGGCUUCAGCAAGGAGGAGGUGAUCCGCCUCAAGCAGAAGAGGAGGACCUUGAAGAACCGCGGCUACGCUCAGUCCUGCCGCUACAAGCGGGUCCAGCAGCGGCACAUCCUGGAGAACGAGAAAUGCCAGCUGCAGAGCCAGGUGGAGCAGCUCAAGCAGGAGGUGACCCGCCUGGCCAAGGAGAGGGAUCUGUACAAAGAAAAAUACGAGAAGUUGGCCGGCCGGGGCUUCGCGAGGGAACCCUCCCCGUCCGCCGCCCCCAAAGGCGCCGCCGACUUCUUCAUGUGAGCCCCGCGGGCUGGUGGGAUGGGGUGGGA